AUGGACGUAUUCUCCGGAUAUAAUCAGAUUCUUAUGCAUCUGCAAGAUCGGGAAAAGACAUCGUUCAUCACAGACCGCGGCAUAUACUGCUAUAAGGUCAUGCCCUUUGGUCUGAAGAAUACUGGAGCAACGUACCAACGACUGGUGAACCGGAUGUUCGCAAGCCAGCUCGGGCGAACUAUGGAAGUUUACAUUGACGAUAUGCUCGUGAAAUCACUCGUCGCUUCCGAUCACGUCGGUUAUCUUCGCACCUGCUUUGAUAUUUUAGACCAGUAUGGCAUGAAGCUUAAUCCCACUAAGUGCACGUUCGGUGUAACGUCUGGAGAGUUCCUCGUAUACAUAGUCACACUGCAAGGCAUUGAAGCUAAUCCGAAACAGAUUGCAGCUAUACUCGAGCUCCCAUCUCCGACAACCAAACGCGAAGUUCAACGACUCACUGGACGCAUUGCAGCACUUAAUCGGUUUAUAUCCAGAUCGACAGACAAGUGCUUGCCUUUCUACCAACUGCUCCGCGAUCGUGGCGAGCAGAAGCCAAUUUUCUACACAAGCAAAUCCCUUGAUGGGUCAGAGUAUCGCUACCCGACCUUGGAGAAAUUCGCCUUUGCCGUGGUUAUUUCUGCGAGGAAGUUACGCUCGUAUUUCCAAUCUCACUCGAUCGUAGUCCUAACUGACUACCCUCUCCGCACUUUCCUCCAUAGCCCAAGUCAAUCCGGAAGACUCGCCAAGUGGGCCAUUGAACUUAGCGAGUAUGACAUUGAAUACCGAGGAAGAACUGAAACAAAGUCUCAAGUCCUGGCGGAUUUCUUGGUCGAGCUCCCACCUGAGCUCGUCGAAGUUAAUCCUGUCGUACAACCUUGGAUUCUCCACGCCGAUGGCUCCUCAUCCCAUAAAGGAUCCGGCGUCGGGAUUCGUUUCAAAUCCCCCGAAGGAGAGGUUAUCGAACAAUCAUUCCGCCUUGGCUUCCCGGCGUCCAACAACGAAGCCAAAUACGAAGCAUUGAUUGCUGGGCUACGACUUGCUAAAAGUAUCGGUGCCGAACACAUACACGCCUACUGCGACUCUCAGCGUGUGGCUAACCAAUUUCACGGCGAAUACGAGGCCAAGAACGAUCGCAUGGACGCAUACCUCAAAGUCCUUAAGGAUGUUGCUUCGGAGUUCUCAACAUUCGAGCUUACAAAGAUACCUCGUGAUGAGAACGCAACCGCCGACGCCUUAGCCGCUCUCGCGACUAAUUCCGAUCCUGAUCUUCGGCGAACUAUCCCAAUCGCAGCAAUCGAACGACCAAGUAUUGAGCCUGGUCCGAACUGCAACAUCAUUACAAGACGCCGUGAUUACGAAGCCCAACCCAAUCUCGCUCCACCCCUAACCCUGAAAACAAAACCCAGAGAGGUCGUCACCGAUCUCAACACCAAGAUGGACGAACAACCUGAUAACGAAUCCGAUCUCGAAGACGAGUCCGAAGGUCAACACGUUCCAAUCGAUAUCGAAGCCGAAGGUGAAGAUGAGCCUGAAGAUUGGACCUUAGAAAUUGUGGGCUACAUUGGAGAUGGAACGGUCCCCGCAGAUAAAUGGGCAGCUCAGCGCCUCAAGGCGCGUGCAGCUCGGUACGUGGUCAUUAAGGGCACUCUCCUCAGAUGGGAUGCGUCCGGUGUACUCUUUACUUGUGUUCACGGCAACGACAUCAUGGAAGUAAUGCAGAAAGUUCAUGAAGGAGAAGGAGGAAAUCACUCUGGAGCUCGGUCUUUGGCAUUCAAGAUCAAAAAAGCUGGCUAUUAUUGGCCUACUAUGCUUUCUGACUGCGAAAAGUAUACAGCACGCUACGAGAAGUGCCAACGUCAUGGCCUGAUGAUCAACCUUCCUACCAAGCUCUUGAUGACCUCGACCGCACCAUAUCCUUUCAUGCGCUGGGCAAUGGACAUCAUCGGUCCUUUUCGCCGAUCUACGACUCAGAAGCAAUACGUUCUGGUCGUCACGGACUACUUCACCAAAUGGGUCGAAGCCGAGGCAUACCCCGAGAUUCAUGGAAUCGAUGUCAAGAAGUUCGUCUGGAAAUUUAUCAUCUGCCAACACGGAGUCCCGUACGAGAUCGUUACGGACAACGGCACCCAACUAAGUUUCUCUACCCCGCGAUACCCACAAGGAAACGGGCAAGCCGAAGCCACGAACAAAACCAUUAUCGAUGGUCUGAAGAAGCGACUCGAUACCGCUAAGGGAACUUGGGCGGACGAACUCGAUGGUGUCUUGUGGUCUCACCGAACUACACCACGACGUUCGACCGGUCAAUCACCAUUCUUCCUUGCAUAUGGUACAGAAGCUAUGUGUCCAGCCGAACUCAACGUCCCAAGUAUUCGCCGAACCAUGCUCACCCAGCAACCCGACGCGAAUAACGACAUGAUGCUCGACACAAUCGACUUAGUCGAAAAACAUCGCGAACGAGCGUUACUCCGGAUACAAAACUACCAACAACUGGAAGCUCAUUACUAUAGCAAGAAGGUCAAAGGCCGUCACUUUGAAGAUGGCGAUCUCGUACUUCGCAAGGUCUAUCAAAACAAAGAAGAAAAGAACGCAGGAAAACUCGGCGCGAACUGGGAAGGCCCAUACCAAGUGAUGAAGGUUGUUAAACCCGGCGUUUAUCAACUGAUGAAGUUAGACGGAACUCCGAUCCCGCGAUCCUGGAACACAAUGCAUCUCAAACGAUACUACUACUAG